UCGUUUCGCCAGUCGCGUGCAAUGUGACAUUGAAGGGGAAGAGAGAAACGACGCACACCACCUCUAGUAGUGGGCCUUCUCCUACGAGACGGAGGUAGGCACACCGACCGAAGGGACGCCAGUAACCUACAUUAUAAAACGCGCGACCCACCAAAGGAAGCGCUACGCCGAUCAAAGCAAAGGCUCGCCUCCCUAGACGCAAAUACGAAGAACGGAUACGCACUUCGCGUGGCUCCGAGGAAGAAGUAGAAGAAGGACUUGAACGUCGUCGAACGUCGUCAUCGCUGUGCUUUUGUGGAGUCAUUCGUUUUUGUUUCGUGCUGCGUUGGGCGUACGUCACGGCUGCGUGAGCGCGCAUCCCGUGCCGUUGUGUGUGUGUCUGCGUGCGUCGCCGCUGCGCAGUUUUCGUUUUUCUUUUCCGUGCUGGUGUUUACCCCGGUGCAACAACGACGACGAAGCGAGGAAACAAUGAAAUUCUCGCAUCCGCCUCUGCGUGCCCGCUGUAGCUGUGGCGAUCGGCGGUCUCUGUGGCUGCUUUUACGUCGCCGUGCCUCUGUCAACACGUCGGACCGCACCUACGUGUAGCGGGCUUGUCGCGCGAUUGUGAUCUCGGUGUGUGUGUGAUCGCAGGUUUCCCGCGACACCACGAACGUCGUAGGCCUGCCUCCUCGCCCACUACUGCGUUGUUGCACCACAACCAGCUGUUAUUUUGCCAGGAAGAAGUGGCGUUUUCUGGUUCGACGGUCAAAACGGUUUGUGUUGUUGCGGUUGACCAGAAGCGAGCGCCUCAUGUAGCAACAACUGUGCGAAAACGCGCCGCUUCGGUGUUUAAAGCCAACAUUUCGAAGGUCGCCGGACGGUUUACCGCAGAGGUUUGGCGUCGUUGUCAGGGCGUUCCUCGAAAACGGUGAGAGAAGCGACACGACGACGCCUGCAGCUUGUCAAGGAGAACAGUUGACGUUCUCGUGCCCCUUCCCAUGUCGCUCUCAUCGGCGACGCCGCCGAGGACGACCGCUGUUACUACAAGUACGGGAUGCAUUCUUCGAAUUCCUCUCCUCCGACGUCGCGUCGGCGCAGUCAGCACCCGGGCUCGUUCUUCACGAUCCCGCGAUGGAUGGGCGGCGGCGGAGGCAGCGGCAGCAAGAAGCAGCUGCAGUACCGAAGCCUCAGGUCUCUCGAAGACCCGACGUCGACGUCCUCCGCGACGGCGGCGACGACGGGUACGGGACGUCGCAAACGUCCCAGCCUGUUCGAUCAGAUGGUGAAGCGCUUCUUCACGCCUCACGUCAGUCACCACAGGAACGGGACUUCGGAGGCGACUUGGAACAAGUACUCGGCGCCCUCACGGAGCGGUUCCCUGAGGGACCUCAGGACUCGGGCCGUGGGAGGAGACCCGGGAGGCGGGGACGACACUUUCUUCGCUGGAAACGGAGGAAAGAGACGUCAGGAGGACCCUGGACCUCGGACUCCGGUUCCAGCGGUCGCCGGGAUACGGAACGAGGGUAACACUUGCUUCAUGAACGCCGUGCUUCAGUGUCUGAGUAAUACGGACGCCUUUGCGGAGUACCUGGUAUCCGGGAGCUACCGGGAGGAUCUCGGAAGGUCCAGGAGUCGUGGAGGCUUCGCGUCGUCCUCUCCGCCGGCUCGCGUCACUGAACAGUUGGCCCACGUACUGGGAGCCUUGUGGUCGUGCCGGACGGAGGGCGACUUCGCGGCCCGCUUCAAGUCCUGCGUGGAGAAGCACGGCAGCCAGUACCAGGGUAGCGAGCAGCACGACGCCCAGGAGUUCCUCAUCUGGCUCCUGGACAAAGUGCACGAGGAGUUGCUCGUUGCCGAAGACGCGACGACGACUUCGAGCGGCGGUUCGGCGACGUCUAACGCGGCGUCUCGGUCCCGCCGCGGAUCUCUCAAGCGUUCCAAGAGUCGAUCGUCCUCGGUGAAAGCUGGCGGCGCCACACCCUGGCAGGGAAGCCCCGUGGCGUCGCUGUUUGCCGGCCAGCUUCGGCUUCGGCUGACGUGCCCGCGCUGCGGCCAGCAGAGUAACACCUUCGACCCAUUCGUCUGUCUCUCGCUGCCCAUACCGGCUGCGAGCCAGUGGCUUUGCCAUGUCCACUUCGUUCCACGAAACUCCCCACCCACGAAGCUGGCCUUCCACAUGGACUUUGGAGCACCGGUGGAGCAAGUGCGACUCUGGAUAGCCGCCGAGUGCCACGUUCCGCCCGACCAGCUGCUCCUGCUGGAAGAAACCAAAGAAGGGUUUGGCUCACUGUUCAAGGGCGACGAGAUUGCCAGUGCACUGUCGGCAAACUCGCGCCUGGUUGCCCUGGAGCUGCCACCUGCCAGCACGGACCCGGCCAUUCCAAAGGACAGCCAGAUCCUCGUCAUCUGUCGGUCGAGAGUCGGCGCGUCUGGUUCCUGUCUCGGUGCCGCACGAGCAGCCUGGGUGUCGCGGGAAGUUUCAGUGAUGGAGCUGAAGAAGAAGCUCUUGGAGGGCCUCCCCACAUCAAGGCAGUCGGCACUGAAAGACCAGGACCUGGUGAACAGGCUGGAUGUUCUGGUGUGGGACGCACGCCAGAGCCUUCCGGCAGACGUGGACCACCCUCUCUUCCUGGAGUUCGUGGACUGCCUGCUGGAGGCAUUCAGGGACCUCGCACCAGCACCCCUGCUCCGAGUGGUCCUCCAGUGGGAGCCGCAGGUCGCCGACCGGUUGUUCCUGGCUGAAGAUUCCAUCGUGGAUGACGUCAGUACAAUUCAGCCGGAGCCGGAGCCGUCCGUGUCUCUCUCGGACUGUCUUGCCUUUUACUUCACAGAGGAAAAGCUGGAACCGGAAGAGGCCUGGCUGUGUCCCCAGUGCGACAGCCGGCAGCAAGGGUUCGCGCAGCUGGGGCUGUGGUUCUGCCCCGAGAUCUUGGUCAUUCACCUCAAGCGCUUCCAUCAGAACGGAGGGCGACACAGCAAGCUGGCAACGAGGGUCGAGAUUCCUUUUCAAGACCUGGAUCUCAGCAGUCACCUCUGCCAGGGUGCGUCAGGGUCUGGCAGCGCCCUCUACGAUCUGUAUGCCUUCUGCAGCCAUCAUGGGACGGGCCUUCAGGGAGGUCACUACACAGCCUGCUGUAAGAACCCCGUGGACGAACAGUGGUACCUGUUCGACGACGCCCGGGUACGUCGAGCACUGGAUGAAGAUCUGGCCGCGCGCGACGCCUACCUGCUUUUCUACCGAAGGCAGCCGGCAACGACGCGCGUGACGCGCUCCAGUUCUCCUGGACACUGGUUCACAAGAACUCCGCUGCCGGCAAGCCGGAGCCACCAGCACCUGGCGCGCAGCUCGCCGUCGCGGAGCGCCAGCAACCCGUCGGUCCGCGGCGAGCCAACAUCGCAACAAGCCUCGUCCCCGAGCGACAGCUUCGACACUGAUGCCGGGGCACUGUCCCCGGGUUCCCCGCCUUCCCUUCGUGAUUUCUCGCCGCCUGCCGUAAAGACGAGUUUCAUGGACAGCUCGGCAUCUUCUGACAUAACACCCAGCCCCGUCGAGAGUUGUUCUCUGACGCCAUCAUCCGGGCGGGCCUUGGACUUCCCGACCGAAAAGCUGAACCGCAUCAGCCCUCCGCCGAAGGUGUCGCCAACGAAGAGCUCGCCAACGAGGACAACAACCCGCGGCAGCGGCUUUCGGCCGCGCCCCACUUACCUCAGCACGUCCCCAACAAAGGGGUCACCAAAGAAGUCCGGCAUCAGCCGGAGUUCAGCGUCGGAAACGUCCACUCUACGAGCGACCUCUCCCACAACGAUGACGACGAAGCCUUGGUCCGGCUGCAACACCGUGCCGGCAAAGUCGGCUUCGGAUGUGGACGCAUCGAGAACCGGGAGGGUCGCGCUACUGGCCGCAAAGUUCUCGCAGCCUGCUGGUGCGGGCGCGCCUUCGUCCAAGUGGCCGUGCAAGUUUCCGGAGGUCGAUGACCUGGAGCACACGUUGCCCAGUCGUGGCAGCCGGGGCACCUGCUCGCCCAUGGAUGGCGACGACUCCUUCGUGCCCGUCAACGGCGCAGUCUAUCAGAACCAGACACUGAACCGCGUGUCUGUACCGCUGUCACCGGAGACGCUGAACCGCCGAGUCCUGUCCCCGCGCAUGACGCGGUCGUCGAGGCCCGUUCGGAACCUCAACAACAGCUUCGACUAUGAACAGGACGUCGUUGGGCGGGAGAGCAAGGCAACUUCCACGGCUGAAGACGUUGGAACGCCCACCGCACUUAAGGAAGCAUUCUGGACAAUCACAUCUGUCUGACCAGCUGCACAUGAAGCGGUCACUACGCAGUCACGCAACACAUUUAGGUCAAACGAAAAUCUGCCACAACAAGCGCCACAAACCAUUGCAUUGCUUCACGGCAGUUGUAUCUAUUGAAAGCGCUUGACUUGCACACUGGUCUGCAACGUUAAAAGAUCAUGUGCAACGGCACAAUGGUCAUUGCAUGAGAAGCGAGCCGACAGCAAUGAUAGGUCUGUCAGCUGUAACGACAGGAUAGUCACCACAGAUGACAGGAUGGUCAACCUCGCACAUGACGGAUGCUGACUGCUACGACAGACUGUCGGCAUCGUGUCUAUAGUAAUUUGAAUGCAACAAUGCGACGAUCACCCUGUUGGAAGCGGACUGUGACUGCAGGACUGUCAGCACUGCACCCGCAGGAAGCCAACUGCAGCAACAAGGCAGCUGGUGCAAUGAUCGCUCAAGGUGAGGACAAUGUGUAUGUGCGUGCACAGUUCGGACUCUGGUUGCAGUUGCUCUGCGGUGAUGGCAGCUGAAAAAAAACGGUCAGCACUGACUUUCCACACAACGAAAAAAAAAAGCAGGUGGCCACCACUGCACCUUCCAGAAGCAAGUGCGAGUAGUCCACGAUGACGACGUCGUUUGUCUAGUCUUGUUUUAGCCCCCCACUUUCCCUUCGUUCCUCCCCCUUCGUUAUGAUACUGGAACCUGUCGUUUUUCUUUAAACCCCCUUGCCCCCCAUGCUUCCCCAGUUUCCAUACCCAGAGUGUGUUACAUAUAUAUACUUCUGGCCAGUUGUUGCAUUUUUUAGUUGCUUGAGAGUUUUUUUAUAUAUAUAGUUCGCCAUAGACAUUUGCACAUUUGUGGUAUGAGCAUAGAGAGAUGUGCGACAAGGUUGUGAUUGCUUGCUCCGCAGAAAUGUGCCCGUUUGUCGUCUCCCCAUUUCUUCCCGUGUGCUUCUCCAACACGUUGUUAAAGAGUUUUGUGCUCCAUCAUCAUUAUUAAGUUUGGCUUUGUUGUCGUAGCAAUAAGGCAGAAAAUUAGUUGCUUGGGGCAUCUACUAGACGUUUGCUAAGCAUCUGCUUGACUUGUGCUGCACGUCUGCUAGGCGUCUGCUUAACGUCUGCUAGGCGUCUGCACGAAGUCGCGUAGUCAUGGUUCUUUCGUAUUGCACACAGGACAGCUCUUCCAUUCAUAGCCAGGUCACUGUUUGUACAAUAACAAGAAAACCACUCACAAAGAACCAGGGAGUUUCUUAGCCAAUGGAGGCCACUGCACAGCUAACAUAGGUAACGUUCGACGAUGCUGAGUAGCUUUUUUUUAUACCAGUCUUUCAUAGUCUCUCAGAACUGCAGCAAGUGCAAGGACCAGCAUUGCCGUCGUCUUUUUGUACGAUCGAAAUGUGCGCGGAAGCGCGAGAAGUUUUUGGAGUCGUGUCCAUAUCAUUGCUGCAGAUUAUGUGCAUGGAUGUGAUAAGGUGACAUUCUUGUUUGUUGUGUUGGCAGCAUUCUCAAUGGACUCUUUUUCAACACUGUCAAAUUGGCUUUCUCACAUAACCAUGUGUUGUUAAUAUGGCGACACAUACUUGUAACUAAAUAUGGCAUCCAAGUGUUAAAACAUGUGCAUGUUUACGUGUAUGUCAGGUAAAAAGUGUGCUGACGGCCUACUUUAAGGCACGAAAUGUUGUUGGAAGGCUCUCUUCCUUUUCACACCAAAAUAUUACAAAUUCGUUUGACCGUGGCAGGGUAGCCGUUCCUACUUAUACCUUGUGUAAAACAUGGCAUCCGCUACAUUUGUCGGAAUCGUAGUUAAAGGACAUGUGCAUUUGUGGAAUGAGACUUUUCCAUGCCAAGGAAAAUUGCAUUUAAAUUUAUGUCAAAACGAUUGUCAGUAUAGCACAAUUGCUUUUUCUUAGCAAAAACGUUAUCCCGCUUUUCUUUAGUUUGGAAAGUUAUUUAUGUUAUGGAAAUCACGAAUAAUCUGCAACGCUUAUUGCUGCCUGCAAGAAAUGCAUAGAAAACCUAGAAACACCAACUUUAAGGCGUGCCCCGUGACAUUUCGCUGUGCACAGUGCAAUGUCAAAUUUCGUGCGUAUCAAAAUGCUUUGCACUUGAAUAUUUUUAAUGUGGCUAGCAUGCAUAAAAACAUGACAUAUCUGGUAAACAUGUAAUGAGUAAGAUUCGCCUAUACAAUGAAGAAGGCUGAGCAGAAAUGCAAAGUCAGUGAUGAUUGCUUGCAUUAAGCAAGGAAUCAGUGAUGAAGUCAAUGAUAAUUGCUUGCAUUAAGCAAGGAUGGCGUAGAAAGCUAUCUUGUGAAGUUAUUGAAAAGAGUCUGUUAGUACGUAACUUUAGGGACUGUUUGUUAGCUUGUUAGCUUUUUUUCUUGGAGCCUAUAUUUUGAUAUAGCCAAGUAUGACUGCGACAUCGCUGUUGAUAACUUUAGUUGUUGUGGGAAUGCAAUAUGCCUUUUUGCUAGAAACAGAGCAGCUUCAUUCUCAAGCAUUGGUCUGCAUUUUGAAACGGCAUAGCAUGCUAGAGAGUCGUAAAAACAUUGAAAUACAGUCUCGAUAGUGUAUGGGUUUUGUCCGUGAUGCAUGUUGUGUCAUGACCGAGAUUGCGACACCUCUGACUGACCGUUUCCAGGUGUUGUGGUAACAUAGCAACCAGGCUUCAUUACAGGACGGGGCUGGCUCCUAUUAUGAACAAGCAUUCAUUGUUUCGUUUACAAAAACGUUCUGCAUGGCUGAGGUUGACAAGGCCUCAGAGCUGCCGUUAAAUCCAUAAAUACAAUUACCAUGAACACUUAAUGCUGCAUUAUAAGCUACUAGGAUACUGGCCAACGAUAUGAUCGCAAAUUGUUUAUUAGCAGCAGAAUGUGAAAAGUGUCAUGGUGUUGCGUGUUUAGGAUGAGCAUUAUGAUUUUAUUAGGUUUUUAAUUAGCUAAAUGUGCUUCAUGUGGUCAGAUUGAAUAUAAAAAGCAAAAUCUAUGCAAAUAAAUUGACCGGUCACUUAGUUGGCGAACCGUACCGAUUUGAACUGUACGGCAUAUAACAAACUGGGCAUGCCUUGCGUUGUAAGCACAACUUGUAGAGUUUUACGCUUAUGCCUCAGAGAAGUUGUACAAAGUAAACAGUUAGUUAAGGCAGAGAAAGUGUAAAGGAAAUAAAUGUCCUUUAAUUGAAAUGCGAAUUUUAUAAGGAAAAUAAAGAAACUAAUGAAGAAACUACAUGCCGCAGCUCGGUGCUGAACCUGCAUGUGCUGCAUUAUAGUACAUGUGGCGAGAUUCUACAGGAGUACAAAUUCGUGCAAAAUAUAGUACUGUGUAAAAUAAAGCGUGUAAAAUAAAGCAUCUUGGUUGAAAGAAAUAUGGAGCUUGAUGAAGUUGGAGAGCAAAAGUAGAUUUUUAUUGUUAGCCAUCUUAUUUCGGAGAUACAGCCGGACGGCUCUCUCACAUUACCUUGUAGUCAUGCCAUUGUGCUUGCAAACGGUCUGUCAGAGGUAACAUGGUAACUCAUGGUUGCUGGUAGCUCUGAGUACCAGCUGGUACCUGGAAAUGAUUGUGUCGUGCGUUCUUAGGCAGCGUUGAUAUAGUUUCUCAUUGCUCACUUUUUUUUGCUUUUGAUGAUGUACGUACAGUGCUUGCUUGUCAAGUGGCGACCCGUAGCCUUGUUUUACUUCUGGUCUGUAUGUUCGUUUGAAAUGCUGGCUGUCUGCGUUGGUGUCACUAAUCUUUUUAAGAAUACGUAAUUUCAGCCAAGUCGGGGCAGGAGUCGCGGAAGGCCUCAAUGUCACGGCAUCGCCGUGGCCGUGACGUUGUGCUGUCUUGAGACAGCACUUUCUCGUUGGUUUCUUCCAAAUAGUGACACGUCAAAGGCAUUUGCCGAUACUCUUAACAUAACAUUUUUGCAGAGACGGCAGCCAUGGAAUGCUGUACUGUGACGGUUGCCGUGACAAUGACAUGACAAAGCCCUUGGCGACUGUGCGAAUCAAGCCUAAGCGUGUGCAACCUUCAGGCUAAUGCAAUAGAAAUUGCGAUUGUCACGGACACAAAUUUGUUGCGAAUUUGUCACAGUGAUAAAAAUUUCUGUGGUGAGAUUUUAUCGGCGUGAAGACAAAACGGCAUGAUGUUCAAUGUUGUGACGAGCGUGAUGUUGUCGUGCUGCUUGUGACGAAAACUAAACGUCCUGGUGCUGGUCAGUUCUACCGCCUAGGCAGGCCAUUGUGUAACGAACUGGAUGUCCAGUUGCUACGAUAUGGUCAGUUGUACUGUUGUGACAAAAAAUACCUUGUCACUACGAGAUAUCCAGCUUUUGGCGGAAGUUUGUCGCAUUUCAGGACGUUUUCUGCCGUCUUUAUUUCAACAGGGUGUGCCUAACAAACCACUUGACAUUGGCAUUUAAGGCUGAGCUUCACCGCGAGAUUCAUUCAUCGCUAUAUUACCGCAGCCAUUGCCAUCGGUUUCGUCGGUCCAUCCAUUCAUCCACUGUUUCGGGGAGCUGUGCGCGUCGUACACUGCCAGAAAGAAAUAUUUAGCUGUUUAUAAAUGCAAUGGAGAUAGUAGCCACUAUAUACACGCAUCUGUUACAAAGUAAUGAAUGGCACGUAGUAGUCCCGACCUGACUUUUUUAAAACGUCGAGAACUCGGGUGUAGUCACAAGUCGCACUCGCAGCUGGGCUGCUUGUUGGAAACUUAUGAAAUGACAGACUUUCACUUACUGGCAGAUUAUUUUUUUGUGUCUCGUCAGCAUGCGCAACGAAGCUAGGAAUAUUAAUUUAUUUUGCGAACGCGCUUACACACAGUUACAUUUGCACCUAUUCAGAUCGCGUAAAAGACCUCGUUAAACAAUAUGAGUAUUCUGGUCUCAUUAGGUGUUAAAGUUUGUAAGUUCACCAUUUCUCAUGUUUCACAACCGUAGAUCUGCAAGUUUGUGAAUUUUCUUUUGUCUUUUUUGCACAGACAUAAGCAGUGUUAUCUUGAAAUGUACAGUCUCUGAUCGUAAAGUGUUUGCCAAGGAGCACUUUAGUGCAGCUGUAAAACAGAGAGGCUAUAGAGACGCCAUGCUUAUAGCUAACCUCCUUUUGUGCUCGUGGACACGUGAUAGUCGUUUGAAAAAGUGUGUUAACCCAUUGUGUGAAUGUUUAAAAGUGUCUGUUUCUUAUAAAGCUUUUCACUGUGUACAAUGUUCUUGCUCAGGGGUUGCCUUUGUGAAUCAACCUAUCCCCGACAACAAAUACGAAUUGGUGAAGCGGCUCCAAAUGAAAAUCUUCAUAGUUAAAAUUGGUAGUUUCUCUGUACCAUUUUAAUGAUGUUGCUUGUAAUUCUGUUUGUGUGUCAUUAGUUUGUGAUCACUCUAUUGUACAAAGGGGGGCAUGUGACAGUGUGUUACGUUAAAUUUGCAGUCAAUCUCGGGGGCCACAUUCCAACUAAUAGCUCUGCUGCUUUAACCACUGGCCUUGUAAGUGCAUGCGCCAGUCGCCGUUGUAGUCUUAAGUCGCUUGAUUUGUAAGCUGCGUGCAAUAAUAUUCUAUAGUGAGUGUAUUUACCAGGUCAGAUCUGUAACGAAGGUUUUUGUACCGUUACUUCUUAGCGAUGUUUGGCUUAAGCAAACUAGCUUCAUCUUUAAGAGCAAAGGGCUGUUCUAAGUUUUCUUUUGUCCCUCUAACUUCCUUUUUUUAUUUUAUUUCGCACUCUUUAAAACGGAAAAUAUGUUUUUUACGUGCACUUUGAUGCCACUUGCUUGUGUGAACACCAUAAGCGUUUGAUGAUGCCCAGAGAAAUGGAAGUAUUUGCAAAUUCAGUUCUAAUUGCUGCAGCACUUCAUUGAAAUGACCUAGCUCUAUAUUGUUAUCAUUGUAGUCAUUAUUCUAGUAUUUGCAGCACUUUGGCUAUACUCCUUCGCAAUUUACUAGCCAUAAAUUCACAAUUAAGGGUUUUAAAUGGGCCAUUGCAUUCACCGACUGUAGAUUAACUGGCAGCAUUUUCGCGACUAUGCCAAUGGGGAGGAUUUCUGCACCUGGACUUAUCUGUGCAGUCAUCAAACUUCGGCUGAGCACCUCACCAAUUUGUAAGCAAUUCGAUGCACAUCUUUUAUUUGUGAUAUUGUCAAGCAUUUUACAUAUCUGCUCGAGCGGUGCUGAAGUGUGAUUGGUUGUGCUCCUUUCAGCUCCUUCUGAUUGGUGUAUUUGCGAGGGUGCGUUGUUGAAGCUUAAGUGUUACUUGCAUCAGUUAGCAGCUACUUUCAGCUAGACGUUGAGGAAAAACAUAAAGCGUUGCCACAAACAGGAGAGAUUAUGUGACGUGAAGUUAACUCGGCACUAACUUUCAUCCUCGUUGUGGAUCUUACGAGCUUUCGAUUACAAAGUCCACAUCUCGACGUGUUUCACAGUCUCACUGUGAUAACGUUUCCACAUGCUAGCCUUUCUUCUUCAGUGGACCAAAGCAUCCUGGUGAACAUUUGUGCACGUACGUUUGACUGCAGAAAAGUAAUACCUUUGCCUAGUAUUACUAGACGAUAAUGUCUUUGCAUAGUACAUGUUAGGAUUCGGAAACCAAACUCGCACCAUAGUUAGAUCUUCUACAGUUGCUGCUUGCUUGAUUACAACUGGUCAGUGAAAUGAAAGCACUCAGCAACAAUGUAUCAUUUCUUCUCUGGAACAAGAUACUGGCUGGUUACAGACACCGAUGAGAAAACGUUUCAAGGGUUGUUUCAUGCCAUGCCUAGUUAAUUUGCAUCUUUCAUUUCUUUAGUUGAUCCUUUAACACAUUUGUUACAGGACACUAUGAAAGAGUGUGUUAUUGCUGCGCUAGUACUGGCUGAUGACUAGCGCUGAUGUAUUCUUCUGGGUCCUGCGUCUUACGAGACUUCUUUUCACAUUGCACGUUGCCAUGUAGAUGGCUUUUUCAUGGAUAAAUCUUCAUUAUUUUAUUUAUUUAACAUUAUUUGCAUACACUUUACCUAACAUCCUUCUGUACGACUCACUGAACUCAUGUCAAAAUGGUUUGGUUGGCACGUUUGCGCAGUGCGACCAGAAAAAUUUGUGCGAACAUUGUUGACUCUUUUUGGUCUUUUUAUGUCUUGUCUAACACAUCAGAGAUCUGGAUCCCAUGUUGUGUUAUCGUGCAGUCCAUCUAUGUGCUUUUCAUCACGACAUCAGCAGCAGGUGUUCUUCUGGCUAUUCUCAUUGUUCUGAUGGCUUCUUUAUAUCUGUAUGCCUUAAGCCCUUCUUUUUCUAAGUAGCAUUGAAGGUGCAGGGUUUAUUAGAAAUUGAAUAUAUGUACAGUAUAUAUUAUGUAUGCAUAUACGAAUUUAAGGCGUGAGAAUAGUCUUUGCACUGCAAAAUAGCCACAAGAGCUUUAUACUAGUGUUAGGUGUUCAGUUCUAUGCCUCUAGCAACAGCAGCAGCAAUAGUCGAGGCAUUGAUUGGAGGCAGUGGUCUGUGAUAACAAAAAUAUAUGGCAGCAGCACUCUGUAUAGCCUGAUGCUGCUGUAGUCGAGCUUGUUUCGUUUUUAUUUCUUUUUUCUCGCAAAUUCUUGUUGCAAUCCUUUUGCGCAACCUCAAGGUCGGUGCCCCUGCACAGAGUAAGCUCCUUCACGGUAGUGUCAGGCCACGUGCGCGAGAUAAAAGUUGUGUGCAGUGCGAACGUUAUGAGUUCAGAGUCACUGAUGGCAUACAUUGGCUCUUAUGUGUGCAGUGGGAACAUUGUAAUUAGUGCGGAGUCUCUUAUGGCAUACAUUGGCUCUUAAAAGUUAUGUGCAGUGCUAAUGUUGUUAUUAGCGCAAGGUCUCUGAUCGCAUACAUUGGCUGUUUACCGAAUUAUUGCAGUCUCUGCUCCAAUCUGAAAGCAAUACAAGACUGCAUGAAAAAUGUUACAAAUUGUAGUGCAGAGGGCCAAGACGUAGCCAACUCGUUCUCAAAGUGUCGUAACACCAAGUUCCGGUGCAGUGUUUUCGCAUUUGCUUGUGCACUAUAUGCCUAAGUGAGCAGUAGUACUGCUGAUGGCAUCUGCCGACAGGGAUGUUGAACCAGAAGAUGCAAUCUUUCAUUGCAUGCUUUCAUUGUAAUGAUCAUUGCACUUCACAAAUGUCGGCACGACGUAAUCAUCACAAAAGUAUUUUCUCCAACGUUUCCUUGAUGCAAAGAGUUCAGGCAAUGCUAGAAAUCUAAAGUGUCAUCGUUGGUCACAAUAUGACCAAGGUAGUGCCAGCAGCACCGAUGUGUGCGGUGUCUCUCUAAUGUAGGAACGUUGUUGUUCAUUAAGAAAACACAUUGUUAAUUGCAAGAUGGCACUAGCAGCCUUGCUGCUCAAGAGUAACUGUAUAUGGUGCCUACGGGAAGCUCAUAAAGUAACUCUGGCAAAGGCUUCAGCUAUUCUGGGAUAUGUCUACAUUAGCAUGUCGCCUGCUAGCGAAAAAUUCUCGGGAAGGAACUUUUGCUGUUUUUGGGGAGCCUGAUCUUGAGUGUCACCGAGGGUGUAUUUUCAGGUCAUGCUUGCAGAGUUGUGAAUAGGAACAAGAUCAUUUUGUGGCGAGUGGGACAGCUCGUGUACAUAUGUAGUAUUUUCGUUGCAGUGUUCGGAUAUUGGGAAGCGUGUUUUGCCUUUCUUUUUCAUUUCACGUCGUAGUGUGAUGCAGGGCUGCAGAUAGUGCGGAGAGUUCACGGUGAAGAAUAGUGCCCCGGAGUGAUGAUGCCUUGCUUUAUAACGCAGCUGUACUUGUUUUUUUUUUUUUCGUUUCGGAACGGCUGACUCAGCAUAAUUUGCUGCGCGCCUUUGUUCUAUUCACCUGUAGAUUGUAUAUACAAAGAGGUUCGUUUUAUUUGUUAUAUAGUCUAUACAUAGAUAUGCACGUGUUAUUUACUUGUUGCAUUAUUUAACCCACAUUUAAAGUAUUCUUGUUUCUAGUAUGCAAAGUGAUGCAACAGGCAGGCCACUAAAUAAUAGGUAGCUCUAUUUUUAGCUUUCAUAUUUUUUAGCUGUUCUUUUGCUCUUUUGACGACGCAGAACUGGUCGCCGCUGGGAGGUUGCGACGAGCAAACGUUUUUCAGAGCCACAGUCGUGCAAGGUGGAGUGUAUUUGUCGUUGGGUUUUUGAGGAGCACGCGGUUGUUUUAGGUGUAUGAAUGUCGCCAUGUUAAGUGUGGCUGUGCCGCGGCAAAAUUCUAGUGCAAAUCGCGGCUUAAUUCGUCCUAUGUAGACCCGAAUCUGCAGAGCAUGCUCGUAUGGCUCGGCUCAUUGCAAGAACUUUGUAUUCAUCAGAGCUUAGUUGCAUUAACAAAAGCAGCUGACCGAUAAUAAAAACCCUUAUGAAUUGUUAUGAACUGAAAGCUUCACGAUUGCUACAUAGACGUGCGCACAGGGAUGGGGAAAGGAGAGCCCUCGCCCUUUUACAGCAUUCUGUUAGUAGGGGUCGCAGCAGGAAGAGGUCGGCAGGGCCUCUUCCCGCUCGAGACCCUUACGAACAGAACGCAGUGGAAUUCUACCCCAUCUGAUCUUCCCGUAUUACAUUUUCAUUGCAAAUCACAAAACGUCUUGUUUUAUACUGUUCACCAAAGUUGUAUUACUCGGAUCCAGGAAUUAUUUUGUUUGUUCGCAUAGCAGGCAAAUCGAUGCCUUCUAAUCUUUGCAGCACUUUGUAGCUUAAGGAUAUGAAGUCACUCAAGUCCGAGUCAUCAAAUGCAGUGCUGAAUAAUCAUUCCAUUAAAAAAAAAAGCUCACUCGCUAUAAAGUGAAAUUAAGCACACACGUGAGACACUUGCACCAUUCGAACACACUCGUUCAUUCAACUGCCGAUUGCCUUGGGGGUGUUUUGCUAUUGAGAACGCGUUUCAGAGAACACGCGGUAUUGGUCUGUAUUGAAAUGUGUGUGCUAUUGUGCGCGCGUAUGUGUGUAAAAAGCAUAGUUUCCGCUAGUGAUCACUGAUGAGUGAAAUUGUACUGAAGUGUUUUCGUUUUUUUUUU